AGAUAGGUUUGUUUUCACCGCGGAACCUUGCAUCUUGUGCUGACUCCAACACGGAACUCACGACGGUUACACCAGAAAUGCUAACCAGCUGUGUGGCUAGCCUCGUAGCUAGCCUCGCCGGUUCGUGCUGACACUUUCUCACCUUGCGUCCUCAACACUUCACUCCCAUUGUUCAUUUAACGAGUCAGCCGCUGACCACACAGCUGUGUGACAGUGACUGCGCUGCCACGGUGCUCCUGUCUUUAAUUCCACACCGCCGAGCCGCUUACAAUGAGAGGAGGAGUGUGUGUCGUGUGACUCAGCUCUUGUGUAGCCAUGGAGAAGCCGUGGAGGCUGUGGGGGGCAGUGGAGCGUUGUACCCUGACGGUGGCGUCCUGGUCCUGGGGUGCUUGUCGAGUCUCCCUUUUGGCCCUCAUCCUCACCUUCCACCUGUACGGAGGAUUCUUUCUCCUAGCUCUUAUCCUCGCCUCUGUAGCGGGCAUCCUCUACAAAUUUCAGGACGUGCUCCUCUACUUCCCCGACCAGCCCUCCUCCUCUCGCCUCUACGUUCCCAUGCCAACAGGAAUCCCACACGAGAACGUGUACAUUCGUACCAAGGACGGUGUGAAGCUUAACCUCAUCCUGCUUCGCUACACGGGAGGGGACACGCCUCCAGGAGUCGCCCCUGGCAACCAAAGCAGCCCCGCAUCCUCUGCUCCGCCUACCAUCCUUUAUUUCCACGGCAAUGCUGGUAACAUUGGUCACAGGGUGCCAAACGCUCUGCUGAUGCUGGUCAAUCUGAAAGCCAACGUGGUGCUGGUGGACUACCGCGGCUACGGAAAGAGUGAGGGGGAGCCCAGUGAGGACGGGCUGUACCUGGAUGCCGAGGCCACACUGGACUAUGUCAUGACCCGUCCUGAUCUGGAUAAAACAAAGGUGGUGCUAUUUGGCCGCUCACUGGGGGGCGCCGUGGCCGUGCGCUUGGCGUCAGUCAACCCUCACCGCGUAGCAGCCAUUAUGGUUGAAAACACCUUCCUCAGCAUCCCCCACAUGGCAGCGACACUCUUCUCCUUCUUGCCCAUGCGCCUGCUGCCCCUGUGGUGCUAUAGGAAUCAGUUCCUGUCCUAUCGGCAGGUGGUGCUGUGCCGCAUGCCCUCACUGUUUGUGUCCGGUCUGUCGGACCAGCUCAUCCCGCCAGUCAUGAUGAAACAACUGUAUGAGCUGUCCCCUGCGCGGACUAAACGCCUGGCUAUCUUUCCAGAGGGCACACACAACGACACGUGGCAGUGUCAGGGCUACUUCGCUGCUUUGGAGCAGUUCAUGAAAGACCUGCUGAAGAGCCACGCCCAUGAGGAGAGCGCUCAGCCCUCAGCUAGUGUCACCAUUAUCUGAAAAAUAAAAAUAAAAAAAGACUGUUGAUCACAGGUUAAUGGCUGGAGGAAGUGAAGGCUGUCACGGAAAUUGACGGGAUGGACCUUUGGAAAGAAUGUAAAUUUUUUUUUAUGCUUUUGUCUGGGUUCCUACUUUAUUUCACUCUUUUUACCUUUCUGUAAAUGUAACAUUUGUUAAGAUGAUUUAACUAUUUCAAGGAUUUGAGAGAGGGUAACAAAGCCCUCGUGGUUUCUUUUUGUGUUGCAGCUAUGAAUGCAUGUAUUUAUGACCUUUUCAUGAAUGAAGCCAGAGCAUACAUGCCCACACUGCAAGACAUGUCACAACCACAAAAGAAUUUGCUGGAGUGGGUCUACUGAAAUGAAUUAAAAUCACUGAAACAAUCUUUCAUCAAUCGUAUAAUGACCAUAUUAGGACCGACAAUAUUUCAGUGAAACUGAUGACUACUGGAAUUAAAAUUACACUUCUACUAAUAAACAAAAUGAGACACAGAUAAUAUGUAGGCCUAUAUUGUGUGUGUGUGUGUGUGUCUAUAUAUAUAUAUAUAUAUAUAUAGACACACAUCUUAGUUAAUCCAUUGCACUUUUUUUGUUACUUACCCAAGUGUUGAGUUAUGUAGGCUAACAUCUUCUGAGCAAUACUUUGAGUGGCAUAAGGAUGUUUUGCUUUAGUCUUUUGUGUUUCUCUCCCGUUUUGGUCAGGAACAUUAAUAGUUAGACUCCUUGCAGCAGCUUGGCAUGAAAUGACAUUGUAGUGAUCAGUAUUUAUAUAUACCCUUGAAAAAGUUUGUCUGGCACAAUAGCAUAAAAAAACUAUUCGUUUAAUUAAUUAAUUAUAUUCAGCCACAAAAAGUGUUGGCUGAGAUAAAAUGUUUUACUUCCGCCUAUCAAAAAUAAGUUCUUAUUUCCUGUCAAACUACUUCUGUUUCAGUGCGACUGGGAUACGCCGCUGUUGCUGUGCUCUGUUCAAACACAGCUAGCACACAGCAUAAGCUUUCCUCUUAAAUGAGCUCAAGUUGCUGUUGAGAAAAUGUGCGCCUGUAGUUUGGUAAGCAGCAUUUGCUCUGUGUGUGGUUUGUUAUUAGGGGAUCAGAUUCAGAUUUCUUCAAGUCUUAGUCCAGCACUAUAAUGCAUGCCCAUAUGUACAGUGCAAGAGUUAUUGGUGUCUGUAAUGCUCCUGUCCUUACUGACUGUGAAGAGAUGCGUUUGUAAUGUAAAUCCAGGGGAAGAGCUGAGGGACAAAAUACACUGGGGUCUCUUUAUGUAAAAAUGUAUUCCAAAGUUGAGCAGAAACUAAUUUGAGUUUGAGCAGUAUGACUUCAAGCGAAUCAAAUGUAAGGUAUUUUCCAAAUAUUUAGAACAUUUCCUUUUUACCUUACUAAUCCUCCACUCACAUCAACAAAUUCCACAAGAGACAUUUAGUGUGAAAAAGACUCACACCAUUUCUUAAUGGCCAGUACAGACAGGAGGAAUUAUUACAGCAAUGACUCUCUCUACAUACCUUUAAUAUGGGCCUGUGAGAACAGUAUGGUAUUAAGAAAGACAAACCUGUCCUUUAAGAACCAAAAAUAAAGUGUGAGCAUUUGUAA